AUGGGCCCCGCCCUUGUACUGGCCCCACCCCCGUGGGGAGUCAUCCCGCCCCCUGCGGCUCUGGCCCCGCCCCCCAGGAGCCGCAUUGGCCUGUCCCAGACUCUGCAGGGCGGUCAGGCCGCCCUGACCACGGCCCCGCCCAGCAUCCUGGCCCACCCACUGUGGCUCUGGCCCCGCCCCCGAGGCGCCCUAUUGGCCCCGUCGGGCACUCUGCCCCCCAUCUCGCAAUGGCAGAGCCGCGGACGCGCGCGGGGAGUCAAGACCAGGCGGCGGCGAGCGGGGCGCGGGGCCAUACGCGGCUGCCUGUGGCUGGGCCUGGCGUGGCUACUGCUGGCACGGGCGCCCGGCGCCGCGGGGACCCCAAACAGUCCGCGGAGACCACGCAGCUACAUGCAUCUGGAGGGUGACGUGCGCUGACGGCGCCUCUUCUCCUCCACCCACUUCUUCCUGUGUGUGGACCCCAGCGGCCACGUGCAGGGCACCCGCUGGCGCGACAGCCCUGACAGCGUCUUCUUCGAGAUGCGCUCCAUCCGCGUGGGCGUCGUGGCGCUCAAGGCCGUGAACACCGGCUUUUAUGUGGCCAUGAACCGCCGCGGCCGCCACUCCGGGUCGCGGGUCUGCGCUAAGUUCCGGGAGCGCAUCGAGGAGAAGGGCUACACCUACGAGUCCGUGCCCUGGCGCCACCGCGGCCGGCCCAUGUUCCUGGCGUUGGACGGGCGGGGGGCCCCGGGGCGCGGGGUCCGCACGCAGCGACACCACCCGUCCACGCACUUCCUGCCCGUCCUGGUCUCCUGAGGCCCAGGAUC